AUGGGCCAAAAGUUCAAUGGGACCACCCUGACAGAAUUCAUCUUGCUGGGAUUUGGAGUCGGCCAACGGGAACGGUUCCUGCUCCUCAUCUUUUUCGCCAUUCUCUAUGUACUCACAUUGGCUGAGAACCUCACCAUCAUCAUACUGGUGGUUCUGGACAACCACCUGUCCCGCCUUCCCAUGUACAUCCUGCUGAGCAACUUCUCAUGGCUGGAGAUGUGUUACGUAAGUGCCACAGUACCCCGGAUGCUUUUGGACCUGACAUUCCCUCAUCAUGGGAUCAUUUCCCUCACUGACUGCUUCCUUCAGUUCUACAUCUUCUUCUCACUUGGCAGCACUGAAUGCUUCUUCCUCUCAGCCAUGUCCUUGGAUCGGUAUUUGGCUAUCUGCCAUCCUCUUCGCUAUCCACAAAUUAUGUCCCCCAAUUCUUGCUAUGUUCUGGUGGCUACUUGUUGGGUCCUUGGCUUCCUGUGGUAUGUUAUCCCUGUGAUUUUGAUCUCUAGGUUGUCCUUCUGUGGCCCCCGAAUCAUCAACCACUUCCUGUGUGACCCUGGGCCGAUUCUGUCUCUUGCCUGCCCUCCGCUAGGAAUCGCCCCCAGUGUCUGCCAAAUGUUUAUGAAUGUAUUGGUUUUAGGCAAUGUCUUCUUUGUUUUGCUGUCUUACGGUGUUGUGAUUCUAACCCUGAUGAAAACCUCCUUCCAAGGCGGUCUUAAGAAGUCCUUCUCUACUAUAUCUUUCCACCUGUUGGUGGUGACCCUUUUCUAUGGCUCUGUGAUUGGGAUGUAUUUAGCUCCAAGUGGAGAUAAUUCUUCAGAGGUCACUAAAGUUGUGACGGUCUUCUAUACUGCCGUUACACCCUUUCUCAACCCCAUGAUUUAUUGUCUGAGGAACGAUCAGGUGAAGGAAGCACUGCGAAGGCUGUGGAAGAGAAAGGUGAAAUUGCUGAGGGGCAAAGUGACAACAUAA